GUCCAGACUGGUGUAACAUUUCUCUUCAAGAAAGAAAAAGGAAAUACACAAGUGCUUCUGAUCCGUGAGCACAAUUUUUGCUUCUCUCUCUCAUGUCGUCAACUUUUGCGGAGAGGCUCGAGCUCGCGAAGCUGUGCAGCUCUAAAGACUGGUCCAAGGCCAUUCGCGUUCUUGAUUCUCUCCUUUCUCAGUCAUGCGUCAUCCAGGACAUUUGUAAUCGAGCGUUUUGCUAUAGUCAGUUGGAGCUUCACAAGCAUGUGAUCAAGGACUGUGAUAAAGCAAUUCGUCAGUUGGAGCUUCACAAGCAUGUGAUCAAGGACUGUGAUAAAGCGCUUCGGCUUGACCCAACGCUUCUUCAAGGCUACAUCCUGAAAGGUCGUGCAUUGUCUGCAUUGGGAAAGAAGGAGGACGCUCUUUUGGUCUGGGAGCAAGGUUAUGAAUAUGCUGUUCGUCAGUCUGCAGAUUUGAAGCAACUACUGGAGCUGGAAGAGCUUUUGGCAGCUUCAAAACAACAUAGUAGUACUUUUGAUAAGCAUGCUGUGGAAUUGUCUGGGUCUUCUUUGCCUGCUUCUGGAUCUGUGCCUUUUGUUUCGGGCAAAUCCAGUGGAACCUGUGAUAAUGACAGUAAGUUGAAUGGUACGUGUGAACUGCACACUGAGUCGAGGGAUGCACAGGAGAUCCACGGCAAGUCCAACAAGAGAUCUGGCAUACACAAUGCUUCAAAUGGAAAAGUCAAGGGGAAUAAAAAGUUGGAUAGCCAAGCAAAUGGACCUCGUGACAGGCAACCAAAUGGAACUUAUGACAUUCUAGAUAGAUUGAGCGAUCAGUCCGAAUUAUGUGAUGACUUAUGUGAUGCAACUGAAUCAUACAGCAAAUCUGCUGCAAUUAGUGGUGGCUUAAGUGAACUGUCUGAAAUUUGCAGUAAAUCAAGUGAUCGAUUUGUCAUGCGCAACGAAUUGAGUAAUGAAGGCAAUGGAAGCAAAAAGUUCUGUGUGACAAGGAUUUCAAAGACCAAAUCAAUAAACGUUGACUUUCGAUUAUCAAGGGGAAUUGCACAGUUGGCUGCUGUGGAAGGCGAGAACCUCACGUGGUUGGCGUUCAGAAAAGCAUUUGGAGAUGUUGGGGAUACUAUUCCAAAUGGUUAUGGGGAGGUUGAGGGCACAUUCAGGUGGAUAAGUGACGCUGAUCAGUCCCUUAGUGAUGAUUGGGAGGUAUGGAGACAUCGGCCGUCUGCUUUCACUCGGUGGAGUGGCCAUGGAGUUUUGAUCCAUGUUUUUACUUGCAUGGUUAUGCCUAAUUCAGUGCAGUCUUUAUUAUGGAGCUGGAGAGGAUGUAGAAUUCAAAAGAGAGAUAGAAAGGCUCUGGAUGCUACGCCGUUUUGCCUUAAAUUGAUUGCUUAUGGCUGUGGAUUUCCUUGUCCUGGGUCUAUAAUUGUGAUGAAGGUCAAUGAGGGGAAAUAUGCUCAUGCCAUAUCCAUCUUUGACCAGAUUCUAAAAGAGGAUCCUACUUAUCCUGAGGCACUAAUAGGAAGGGGAACAGCAUAUGCAUUCCAACGAGAACUUGAGGCUGCUAUUGCUGAUUUCACAAAUGCUAUUCAAUCAAAUCCAUCAGCUGGUGAGGCGUGGAAACGGAGAGGGCAGGCCCGAGCGGCCUUGGGGGAAUCUGUUGAGGCAAUUGCUGACUUAACCAAGGCGUUAGAGUUCGAGCCAAACUCAGCCGAUAUAUUGCAUGAAAGAGACGCAUGUGGGUCAUGCUGGGGACAGCCAGAGUUUUGCUACUUGGUUGUUGUACAGGAGGAGGUGAGAGGAAUGCAGCAGACGGCGCCUCUGUUUCAUUUUGGUGUAUUAGGUGAGAAAAAAGUAAGAGAGUCCUUGAGGAGAGGACUUGCCUGUGAUAGAAGUAAAGCAAUNGGUGGGGACAGCCAGAGUUUUGCUACUUGGUUGUUGUACAGGAGGAGGUGA